AUGCCUCCGGAACUGGUCCAUCGACUUGGAAAGCGUCCGACGGGGCUUGCUGAACUGGAUCAUGCUCGCUUGCAGAUUGCUAAGCGCCCCUUCAACAAGGCAAUUCUUCUCUUUGUAGUGGGUCAGCAGGUAGUGCCAAAGCGGGUGCUAGAUAAAAGCCCCAAGUCAUCAGCCUUAUGUACUCUGUCCCACAGCUUUCUCACUGACCUUGCUCAAAACUUUAGGGUUCCCGAGAAUGACCACACCGUACUUGGCACGAGUCAGAGCAACAUUCAACCGCCGCGGAUCGUUCAGGAAUCCGAUGCCCUGGUGCUCGUUGCUGCGGACACAGCUGAGGAUAAUGUAGUCCUUCUCCCGGCCCUGGAACGCAUCCACACUCGCGACCUCGAUCUCCUUGUACAGAUCCUUCUUGAGCGACCCGUUGAACUGCAUGUAGUUCACGAUAUACGACCGCUGGCCUUCGUACGGCGUCACCACGCCAAUCUGGCCCGGCACGACACCCGAUUUGAAGAACUUGGUCACGAUCUUCUCCACAUUCGACGCUUCCGUCCGGUUCAGAAACGACGUCCCGCUGCUCGAGAUUUCCUCCUGGCCCAAGUUCUGGUAGAAGAACAUCGGCGUGUCGGGAACAGGCCACGGGAAAUCGAUGUUCUUGCGCAGUCGUUCGGGGGCCGUGACACCGUUCUGCAGAGUCCCUUCGUAGAACAUGUUCGAAGGGAACUCGGACAGACACGGAUGCAUCCGAUACUGCACUUGCAAGCGGAUCGGUCGAUUGCCGAGCACCACUAG